CCCCAGCCGUCUUCCCCGGGAGGCUCUGUGGCUCUGUUGAGAACCAUGCUGGGAAGGCAGCUCGUCUGUUGGCACCUUCUGGCUUUGCUUUUCCUCCCUUUUUGCCUGUGUCAAGAUGAAUACAUGGAGGUGAGCGGAAGAGCUAAUAAAGUGGUGGCGCGAAUAGUGCAAAGCCAUCAGCAGACUGGCCGUAGCGGCUCCAGAAGGGAGAAAGUGAGAGAGCGGAGCCAUCCUAGAACUGGGACUGUGGAUAAUAACACUUCUACAGACCUAAAAUCCCUGAGGCCGGAUGAGCUACCGCCCCCCGAGGUAGAUGACCUAGCCCAGAUCACCCCAUUCUGGGGCCAGUCUCCACAAACUGGAGGACUGCCCCCAGACUGCAGCAAGUGUUGCCAUGGAGACUACAGCUUCCGAGGCUACCAAGGCCCCCCUGGACCUCCCGGUCCCCCUGGCAUUCCAGGAAACCAUGGGAACAAUGGCAAUAAUGGAGCCACUGGCCACGAAGGGGCCAAAGGUGAGAAAGGAGACAAAGGUGACCUGGGACCACGAGGGGAGCGUGGGCAGCAUGGCCCCAAAGGAGAGAAGGGCUACCCGGGGAUUCCACCAGAACUGCAGAUUGCGUUCAUGGCUUCCCUGGCAACUCACUUCACCAAUCAGAACAGUGGGAUCAUUUUCAGCAGUGUUGAAACCAAUAUCGGAAACUUCUUUGAUGUCAUGACCGGGAGAUUUGGGGCCCCAGUAUCAGGCGUGUACUUCUUCACCUUCAGCAUGAUGAAGCAUGAGGAUGUUGAAGAAGUGUAUGUAUACCUCAUGCACAAUGGCAACACGGUCUUCAGCAUGUACAGCUAUGAAACAAAGGGGAAAUCAGAUACAUCCAGCAACCAUGCAGUGCUGAAGCUGGCCAAAGGGGAUGAGGUGUGGCUGAGAAUGGGGAAUGGUGCUCUUCAUGGGGACCACCAGCGCUUCUCUACAUUUGCAGGCUUUCUGCUCUUCGAAACUAAGUAAAACUAUGAAUAGACCAGCUCCACUUUGGGGAAGACUUAUAACUGAGAUGGUAUUGUCAUGAUCCAAGGGAUUUUGGAGUUGAUGGCUCUACAUGUUGUAUUUAAAAACAUUUUUAUUGGUUACAUUGCUAAUCACAGUACAGGUACAUCAAUAAUGUGGGAUGACUCAGGGGCUCAGAAGAAUAAACCACAAAACAGUCUUCCCAAGAGACCUUGACUAAUAUACCCAGCAACCUUUAUUGCUCUUUUCUAGGCACCUAAAAGAGAAUUACCCUCUUCAUAUAGGUUAGAAAUGAUUGUUCCCAUCAGAAAAGUCAUUUGCAAAGAGUUUUGGCUGCUCUAAUAACAGCUUUCAGGAACCCUUAAGGUUUGGGGUUCCUCAUUCUUUGGAACGUUUCAGAGAAUAGGGUGCAGUGAUUAUGAUGGGGACAAGAAAAGAAUAGGGGGCACUUGCCUGGAUCAAGGUACCAGAAAUAUUUGUAAAGUCCAAACUGGGGAGUAACACUUUGAUCCAGUGGGUCAAUAUUCAUGAGUAAAGUAAAUAUUUUUUAGUAAUUCCAGACAGCUUUUAGGUAGCAGAAGUAUUCACAGUGUUCACAAGUAUUCACAAAUAAUUGACUCCUUUUUAAUAAGGAUACUGCUAUAAUUAAAUCUUGACUUCUAAUGGCUUUUAUUGUUGGAAAUAGAAUUUUCCUAUGAUCCGAAAUUGCGCUUAUCAGGUCUAGAUUAUCAGAUGGACUCUUUUUUCCAUUGCAUUUCUUACAUUACGAUAGAGCUCUGUUGACUCUGGCCUACAGUGAGUGUAGGUUCAUAUUGUGCAAAUGUAAUCACCUACUUUUCUGUCAGCUUAGAAAUUAGCCUAAUAUUCUUUACACACACUGGCAUGGAGUAUUUAAGGAAUUGUAAACGCAGUCAUAUGCAGUCAAACUGAUGUGUACAAAAUAUAAGGGCAUUUCACUUAGCAGACAUAUAAUAAAAUUGCUUAAGCUUUUUUAAAAAUAGAAAAUUAUAUGGGAAUUCCCUGGUGGUCCAGUGGUUAAGACUCAGUGCUUUCAUUGCCUGGCCUGGGUUCAAUCCCUGGUCAGGGAACUAAGAUCCCACAAGCUGCAUAGUGGGGCCAAAAUUUUUAAAAAAUCUGUGUAUUUUAAAAAGUUGUAUGACUUCUUUGAUUACCAUAUUUAAUCAAUUUUCACAGAGCAGCCAUGCAGCUAGACUUUUGCCUAUUCCUCCCCCCCAAAAAAAUUCUCAAAGGAUUAAAUUUGCCACAAAAACUGUACUCAUGAGAAUGUGCCAUAAGUUCUGAUGAUAGAACCCCAAAUGAGUUGGCUUUAAGCAAAGAAUUAUUGGAAUAUGCAUUUACCUUAAUGUUGAAUCAUAUUUAAAAUGUACUACAGAGAUGUCUAUCUAACAAAUAUUACAUAAUGAAUUCCCUUAGAAGUAACAAGCCCUUAAAUUUAUUUUCUGUUACAAUUUGAAUUUUUACAAAGGCUUUUUAACUGUAAGUUUACUUGUAUUUGAUUACCCCCUAUAGCUAGAAGUGGAAAUAAUGAAUGAGAGCUAUACUGUUAGCUAAUUUAAUGUGUUCCACAUUCCUGUCAGCCUUUGACUCUUUCCUUUUGAUCUUCAAAUAUUAUGAAAUUCUUCCUGAAGUCAUAUGCAAUGCUAUUUUAAAGUGAAAUGGAUAUUAGCUCUAAGGUGUUUGACUGUAAUGUCUUUGUGAUUUUGUGUACAUUUUCCCUCUCCCACCCCACCCUGGUAUGGGGUCAUGGGGUUGAAGUUUAUUUUUAACAAAUUUCAAAACUUUUCUUGAAGUGCAUUCCCAAUUGAUAAUUGAAUGUUGCUUGUUUCCCAGAAGGACUUUAUAUCUAAAGAGCAUAUAUUACUAAUAAAGUCAUUUAGAGUAAGAUAUUGACCUGGCUUUAAAUAAAACUGAGGCGAGAAAAAUGUAAUAAGCAUUACAUGGAAAUAAACCCACUUUUGUUAAAUGUA